AUGGCAGCGACCUCAGCUCUAUCCAGGCUAGUCCGAUAUGGUGCAUGUAACAUAAACAGGAGUAAAGCUUUAAUAUUUAACCGUGUACAGAGAAGAGGGAUAGCGGCGUGUAUCGAUCCUUCAGUAGGUCUCACAGAUGAGCAAAAAGAAUUUCAGAAGGUGGCCUUUGAUUUUGCUGCCAAUGAAAUGGCACCACACAUGGAAGAAUGGGACCAAAAAGAAAUGUUUCCUGUGGAGACCAUGAGAAAAGCAGCUCGGCUGGGAUUCGGAGGGAUUUACGUGCGACCUGAGGUUGGGGGCUCGGGCUUGUCUCGUUUAGACACUUCCAUCAUCUUUGAAGCUUUAUCCACAGGAUGUGUGAGCACGACGGCCUACAUGAGCAUCCACAAUAUGUGUGUCUGGAUGAUUGACACUUUUGGUAAUACUGAGCAGAGAGAGAAGUACUGUCCUGAUCUUUGUUCCAUGGAGAAGUUUGCCUCUUACUGUCUGACAGAGCCUGGUAGCGGAAGUGAUGCAGCGUCACUUUUAACCAGCGCGAAGCUACAGGGAGACCAUUACAUCUUAAACGGCUCUAAGGCCUUCAUCAGUGGAGGAGGAGAUACAGAUGUGUAUGUGGUGAUGUGCCGUACUGGUGAGAAAGGCGCCAAAGGAAUCUCCUGUCUGGUCAUGGAGAAAGGAACUCCAGGACUUAGUUUCGGCAAAAAGGAGAAGAAGGUGGGUUGGAACUCGCAGCCAACCAGAGCAGUGAUCUUCGAGGACUGUGCAGUUCCGGUGACUAACCGACUGGGCUCGGAAGGAGAGGGAUUUAACAUCGCCAUGAAAGGUCUGAAUGGAGGCAGAAUAAACAUUGCUUCCUGUUCUCUCGGAGCUGCUCAUGCAUCUGUUCAGCUGACCCGAGAUCAUCUACUGGUCCGCAAACAGUUCGGACAACCUCUUGCAAACAGCCAGUUCUUGCAGUUCAAGUUGGCUGAGAUGGCCACAAAACUGGUAGCGUCUCGGCUGAUGGUACGCCAGGCGGCCUUGGCUCUGCAGGAGAACAGACCAGAUGCGGUGUCGCUCUGCUCCAUGGCUAAACUCUUUGCUACUGAUGAGUGCUUCACAGUUUGUAACCAGGCUUUACAGAUGCACGGUGGAUAUGGGUACCUGAAGGACUACGCAGUACAGCAGUUUGUCCGAGAUGUCCGAGUGCAUCAGAUAUUAGAAGGUACUAAUGAAGUAAUGAGGAUGAUCAUUGCCAGAAGUUUAUUGACAGAGUCAUGAUGAUCAAAUCAGCACUUCAGGCACAGAACGGACUAUCAGACUGUGCUCUUAUCUAUAGGACUGAUCUAUUGUUAGGAAGAGCUUUAUGAAAUCCUACUGGUUUUAGUAAACCAUGUCUCUAAAUAAUGAUUUUGUUGUUGUAGCGAUUCAUGUUUUAAUUAUGGUCCACUGUCAAAUACUUGUUGUGUGUUGUCGGAGUAUUUUGUUACCCAGUGAGUAAUAAUGCCUUCAGUGGCCUUAUAUAUGUGUACACGCUUCACACUGAACUUAAUUAGAGGAAAGACACUACAUAAAGUUUUAAGAAAAUGGUUCUCUACCUCCAUUUUUGGGUUGAUUAAUGUACCAAGAAUCAGUCACACAAUUUAAUCAAUCACAAUUUUAAAAACUUAGCUUUGUGAUUUGCACAGAAAUUGUAACAUGGCAUCAGAGAUGAAAGUUAUUCAAGCAGCACGCGAAAUGUAACAGAAAUGUAAAGAUUACAUUUGUUUCCAAGUACUGGGGACAGUUCAGUAACAUCAUUUAAAAAUAUAAAACAGAGGUCACGAUAUAAAGAUGUGUUUUGUUACAGGUAAAAUGUAAUUUUGUAUCAGAACUAGAAUACUGAACGUAUGACUGAGUGUUUUGAUUUGAACUCAGUAUUUCACUGUUACAUCUGUAAUACUGGAAGAUCUUUAUCAAAUAAAAAAAGAAUUCUCCUAUAAGC